AUUAGCGACGGGCGGUUAAUGGAAGCUGCUAAAAUCCAAAUCCCACAUUUUAAGAUUUAGAGUAAAAAUCUGCUCAGAGACAUGGAGGAGCAGCCGCUCAGAGUUUUGGCGUGUGGGGACGUUGAAGGCCGUCUGAAUGCUUUGUUCAACCGAGUCCAGGCCAUCCAGAAGAAGACUGGGCAGUUUGAUCUGCUGCUGUGUGUUGGAGAAUUUUUUGGAACAACGCCGGAAGCUGAAGCCGAGUGGCAGCUGUACAAAACCGGAGCCAAGAAAGCUCCCAUCCACACUUACAUCCUCGGAGCAGCAAGCCAGGAAACGGUAAAGAAUUUCCCAAAUGCCGAUGGCUGUGAGCUUGCUGAAAACAUCACAUAUCUCGGCCGGCGUGGUGUGUUUACUGGCGUGUCAGGACUGCAGAUCGCCUAUGUCAGCGGUCAGGAAGCCCGGCAGGAACCGGCGCCGGCUCAUUGCUUCACCUCCAAAGAUCUGGUGGCCCUCAUGACUCCUCUGACCAGCAGCUCCAAAUUUAAAGGUGUUGACAUCCUGCUGACAUCGCAGUGGCCCCGAGGAGUGUGGCACUACGCAAACAACCCGGAAGUGAACACAAAACUUUGUGGAAGCAACUCGAUAGCCAGCCUCACAGACAAACUGAAGCCACGAUACCACUUUGCAGCACUAGAGGGCGCUCACUAUGAAAGACUCCCAUACAGGAAUCACAUUGUUCUUCAAGAAAAUGCUCAACACGUCAGCCGCUUCAUCGCUCUGGCGGCCGUCAACAACCCCACCAAGAAGAAGUAUCUGUACGCCUUCAACAUAAUCCCCAUGAAGACCAUGGACCCCGCAGAGCUUGUGAAGCAACCGCAAGACGUCACGGAAAACCCAUACAGAUGCCCCACGAAAGACAAGAUGGACACACAAAAGACGGCCUUCAGCGCCACAGAGGAGGAGGAGCCAGCCAAUCAGUACUUCUUCGACCUGAGCAAGAAGCAGGGUGGAGGCUUUCGGGGCCAUGGCAGGAAGAGGCACUCUGAUGGAGAUGGGCGAGGGCGAGACCAGCAGCAUCAUCAGUGGCAGCCCAAGCAGCCCCGCCGGCACCCUCAGCCCUCGGGUCCAUGCUGGUUCUGUCUGGCCAGCCCUCAGGUGGAGAAACACCUCGUCAUCAGCAUAGGAACACACUGUUACCUCGCGCUGGCCAAAGGCGGUUUGACUCCUCGCCAUGUGCUGAUCCUCCCCAUCGGACACUACCAGUCGGUGGUGGACCUGAGCUCGGAGGUGGUGGAGGAGAUGGAGAAGUACAAGUCAGCCCUGAGGAAGUUCUACAAGAGCAAAGGAGAGCGCUGUGUGCUGUUUGAGAGGAGCUACAGGAGCCAGCAUCUGCAGCUGCAGGUUGUGCCGGUGCCGUUGAACCGCUGUGCCACAGAGGACAUCAAGGAGGCGUUCAUGGUCCAGGCUCAGGAGCAACAGAUGGAGAUGAUGGAGAUUCCUGAACACACUGACCUCAAGCAGAUUGCUCCUCCAGGGACUCCAUAUUUCUAUGUAGAGUUGGACUCGGGGGACAAGCUCUUCUACCGCAUUCAAAAACAUUUUCCUCUGCAGUUUGGAAGGGAGGUUCUGGCCAGUGAGGCGGUGCUAAACAUCCCGACUCGAGCCGACUGGAAAGAGUGUAAACAAAGCAAAGAGGAGGAGGAGGAGAGCUGCAAACAGCUGAGAGAUGACUUCCAGCCAUAUGACUUCACCUGGGAUGAAUAAUUUACACACACACACACACACACACACACACACACACACACACACACCUGUACUUGUACAGUUAGCUUUGUGGGGACCAUGGAUGAUGCAAUGCAUUGUGAGGACAGUUGUUGGUAUAAUGCAUUCCUCUUCGUCUAUCCUGAACAUGAAAAUUGAGUCAAACAGCAUUUUUAAUACAAUGUCUUCUUGCUUUUGUUUCUACUUUUUUAUGACAUAUUCACUGUCAUCUUAACUAUAUCAAUCCACUGUUUCGGGUGGAAUAAGAUUGCAUAGAGUUAAAAGUUUAACUUGGUACGGAGACUGGAUACUAAUUAACAUCUCAUUUGUACCAUGUGUUAGCAUUAGAGUUGAUUUUGUUACCUUUGGAUAGAGCUGUGACCAGUCUUUAUGCUAAGCUAACUGGGUUCAAUUCUCUGGUGUAAUGCUCAGUAAAAAUUUGCAUCAUAUCUCAAACAAUUUUUUUUAAAAUAAGAUUUUGUUUUACAAAGCAUGCGUAUUUCUUUUUAAUAGUCACAGUGAGGAAAUGGGAGUAUAACUGUAAACCUCACUGCUGGGCUGUCUGUUUUUAUUUUUGUUUGGGAAAAAAAUUAAAACAAAAGAAAUUAUGAUUUCUAGCGUUUAAAAUGUGAAUAGUAACCCUUUUGUUGCCACCUUUUUAAUCAACACGCGUGUUAUGGUUUUCGAAAACAGUCUGUAGUGUAGUUUGGGGUUUUUUCCCCCCUGCUAGAAAAAAAAAAAAAAACUUGACAAAAGAGCAGAAAUCUUGAGAUUGAUGAAAUAUUUAAAAUUCUGAACCUGCUCAGAAAUAUUUUCUUAUUUCUACCACACGUAUGGGUAAAGUUACUUUUAAUGCCUCAUUUGUUUUGUAAAUAAAAUCAAAUUUAAAACUUAA